GUUUUUAUAUUUUAUGAUGAGAUAAGAAGUCAACUUUUAUGUUGUAGUUUUUCAAUAAAAACUUUAAAAAACAACUCAACAAAGGCAGUCAGGUUUCCAGACAGCGUUUUUUGUGAAAAGAACAGAACUCAUUUUAUCAUUUCUAUCAAAGAACGUAACAGCUCCUGGGUUCAAGAGAAUAUGUCAAAUAAAGUGAAACAACAUGACCAGGUCGACAGCGCUGGUGACUCAGCUUGUUCGCUUACCCAUGUGGAAAAAGACAAAACACUUGGUGAAUUCGGGGAAGAAAUAAUGUGCGAGAACGCUGAAUCUGAUAUAACGGCAGAAAAUCUUGACAGUACCGAUGGACCCUUUAAUUUUUCUUUUUGGAAGAAGAAACAGCAUACAAAUACUAACAUUUCCCAAAUUAGGGACGAAGAAAACAUCGUGUUCACACAUACUAAACAUGAACCAAAACAACCAGACACGAAAUUAACAUUCGACGUUGAUCCAGACACGUAUGAAGUAAAUACGUUUCCGCGUGGAAUAGUGACGUUGAUAAAUAUCAAGCAAUUUCAUAAGAGGUUAUUACUUGGAACCCGAGAGGGAACAGACAAGGACGCGGAAAGGAUUUGCAAGUUAUUUCUAGAUCUAGGCUUUAUUGUUAAUCGAUAUGAUAAUCCCUCGUGUGAACAGAUCUUGGAAAUCAUGGAGAAAGCGGCGCUUGCCGAUUAUUCUAAAAUGAGUUGUUGCGUAUGUGCCAUUUUGAGUCACGGAAAAGAAGGUUAUAUUAACGGGACAGACGGAAGAGUUAAAAUUACAGAAAUUACAAGUUUAUUUAAAACCAACGGACUUGUUGGUAAACCAAAAUUAUUUUUAUUCCAAGCUUGUAGAGGGAGAAAGUAUAUGGACCCAAUGUCUUUGGAUGUUGUUGACGGCAAAAUGGACGUGGUUGAAAGAGAUGGCAUCAGCAAUCCUAAAAAGUCUGAAGUGAUUUCGCUUCCAUCUGAAGCGGAUUUCCUAUACGCAUACUCAACAGUUCCGGAAUACUUCUCAUGGCGCAGUGUCACAGAUGGAUCCUGGUUUAUUGAAACCGUUUCUUGCGUCUUUCGACAGUUAUCGCAAAAAUUGGACGUCAAUCGAAUGUUCACACGGGUCAACGGACAAAUGUCUAAUCGAGAGUCGUUUACAGAAAAAAAAGCGACAGAUGGUAAACGUCAAAUCGCGUCUAUUGUGAGCCAAUUGAGAAAAGAUCUUUUCUUGUAUUCGCCAUACGGUGCGUUGCCACGAGAUUAAUUCUAAAAUGUUGGGAAAACGAAAACAAUUUACAAGAACUUUGUGUGUAAAUUAAGUGGAUUAAUUUUGACGAAGUCAAAAAAAGUCUUAUUUUGCGAGAACUUAUUUUCGCGAAUUGACCCCUUUUAAAUUUUCGCGGAAACUUACUUUUUUUGAAAAAAUCCUACAAGUAAUUCAACUUUAAGCUAUAUAUUUGCUUGAUUUUAAUUUUUUUCUUUUAAAUUUGUAUUGAUAACAAUAUACAAAAUAACAAUAUACAAAUCAUAAAUUUAAAAAUACAUAUAUAGCAAUAUGGCAA